AUGGUUGAUCUAAGCCUUUUUAUCAACCACUCCUCUGAUGGCACCUUGAUCCCCCUUCUUUAUGUAGAUGAUAUGGCUCUUAUCGGAGAUACACCAUCUCGUAUUGAUUGGCUUGUCUCACAGCUCUCCGCUGAAUUUUCUAUAAAGGAUAUGGGGUCCCUGCAUCAGUUCCUUGGCAUCCAAGUCCAUCGCACCCAUCAAAGUCUCUUCCUUUCACAAAUCCAUUAUGCUCUUGAUUUACUUCAACGAGCUUCCAUGGAUUGCUGCAAGCCGUGUGCCAUUCCCAUGCCCUCCAAAGGGCGCAUUGUCACUUCUGUUGACAAGCAAUAUCUGGAUCCAACUCACUAUCGAAGUCUUGUAGGCAGACUCCAAUAG